AGUGAUAGUCCAAUAUUACUCACGGCGACGGCCAAGCUCGUACUCGACACAGUCCGGUCAAGAUGGUCAACAUUCCCAAGACACGCCGGACGUACUGCGCUAGCAAGAACUGCAGGAAGCACACUCCCCACAAGGUGACGCAGUACAAGAAGGGCAAGGAUUCGCUGGUCGCUCAGGGAAAGCGCCGUUACGACCGUAAGCAGACGGGUUAUGGUGGUCAGAAGAAGCCUGUCUUCCACAAGAAGGCCAAGACCACGAAGAAGGUCGUGCUCCGGCUAGAAUGCACAGUGUGCAAGUACAAAAUGCAGCUGUCCCUCAAGCGAUGCAAACACUUCGAGUUGGGUGGUGAGAAGAAGACGAAGGGUGCUGCUCUUACUUUCUGAGCGUGUACGGAAUGUUGGCCGUCCUCUCCCCCUUCCUCCUUGUUGUUGUGCUACCGCCUCAUCGCCACACUAUGAUAUGCGAUUGGUCAUGCUGUCGUCUCUUACUAUGAGUAAUCCAUGUACCAUACCGGGUGCUUUCCCGGAAUCAUGCAGUGACACCGUCCGGGUAGAGGACCCGAUGCAGCAGCGGCUGAUUGGGGUGCAGAUGGAUAUGUUAAUAUCGAGUCUCGGACGUUCCCCCUCAAACGCGCUGAUCCAGUUAGCGGUAUGCAGGAAAUUUACGCCCUCCCCCUCCCCCCGACA